UCUUAAAAAAGAAACAAAGCUAUACAAUCUGUUUAACACUGAGACCUAAGGUGCACUUUAAAAAUGCGAGAUCGUAAGCAUCGGAAAAAAAUUCAACUGCAGAAAGAGCGAAGGGAUCGAAUCCUAAAAUUCCUUCAAGAAAACCGGGAAGUCAGGCUCAUUGAUGUUCCAGUAAAGAAAACCCCUGCAAACCAAAAUAAACAACCUCAAAAUGAGGCAAAACAUACAAAAACGGAGCUAGCAUUAUGUUUAACCACGACUCCUUCAAUGGAUCAGCGAUUUACUGCCGGCGAGAAUAAUCCCGGCGUCCGCAAAACGGGAAUACAACCUCGCGACGAUGAAGAAUGUGAAUUCAACGCACCGGGUUUUUAUUUUCUUAAAGGACGAAACACAAAUUUAAAAAAGCAAGAAGUUUUCCUAAAACCCGCCAAGCCCCAACGAAAGGAGUUGAAGAAUAAGUGUGAUUUCUUUCCAAAAUAUGUGGAUCCCUCACCAUUUAAAGACCAAAACACCCAGACGCUAUAUAGGGAGUCCUCGGCGCAGACUGUGGCCUAUUUGCCCGAAAUAUAUCCUGGUUUUGAAGACCCUACCCUCGAGCUCUUAACACUUCCUUCCGUGCUGCCUGGCAAUAAGCCACCGGGUCUCUAUGAGGUUGAAGUUUUGGAGCGAUCCCGCAAGCGUCGGAAAUUCUUGGAGGCAGUAAAGACCAAUUUUAGCCAGCUCUGGCUUAAGGACCGAGAACUUGCCACAUCCAAUUAUAAAUCCCUGUUGGAGGCCUUUGAGUGGGAGCACUGGGUGGAGCGGGAGGAGCAGAUCCAGGAGUGCCAGAUGAUGCGAAUGGAGAUCGUGAUCAAGAUGUUUGACAAGAGGGAGAGGGAAAUGCAUGCCGCCUCCAAGACGAGAUUGGAAAGAGGUUGCGAACUGAUUGAGAAACGUCGGAGGGCGGCGCUGCUGAAGAAUGAAAUCGAGUACCAGCGUGGUAUGCGCCGCAUAAGUAAACAGCUGACCAAAACAUCGCUGAGAUGGAAGAAGCAGUCACCCAUAUACAGCCUGGGAUCCCCUUGCUCGGAAUUCUACGCUCCGCCCUUGAGAUAUGGAGUGGAUCCGGCCCGUCGAAGUUUCGUCUCAACCACUGCCACUCGUGCUUUCAACAUGAGAAUCGACGAAUUGGAGAGGCAAAUAAAUCUUAAAAUAGUCGAGUGCCCAUUCGCCAAACUCAAUCAGUGGUCCAAGGCAAAGGAACGGGUUCUAGAGGUCGAGAAUCGUUUCUGCAAUGAGACCCAACUGGACAUCCUUUACCAAUCUCUUAAGACAUUGAGUGCGGGGUAUGAAGAACACUGGAAAAAACCCGAAUGUCUUAAGCUACGCCCUCAGCCUCAACAUUGGUCCAGCAAAUACUCCCGGCAAACAUUGAUGACAAUUAAGAGUUUCUCCAGCCUGUAUGCCAAAGCCAAAGAUGAGGAAAUCGGACCACCAUCGCUGAGAUCCUCAACAAAAGAGGCUGUAAGACAGCAUCUAAAAAGGGACAAGAAUCAGUUAUCCGAAGAUUACAUUGAGAAAAUGUUGAAAGACGAUCAUAAAAGGGAUUUGAGGAAUAUGAUUGUCGCCUACGAGGGCAGUGCGGUUGGUUAUGUAAUGCAGUUCCUCACGGAGGAAAUGUGUCGGUUGAAGGAGCAGCGCCGGCUGCACUUCUUCUCUGUUCUGGCACAAAAGGAGCGAUGGCGACGCGAAUCCAUCGAGGCGGGAUUGAGGCAGAAGGAGAACGCCAUGAGGAGGAUGUACGAGGAGAUGUUCCAGCAAUCGAAUGUGAUCCGCUCUGAAGUCAGUGAUCUCUAUAUCCAGAACAUUUUGACAACCGAUGUGGGUUACAUGGCGGCCAAAGAAGCAGAGGAAUCGGUUACCGAACUGGCCAAACAAAUUGACGUGGACAUAGAACGCUGGCUGGAGUCCUUUAAGCUCAUCCAGAAUCCUCUCACCUUUAUUCCCCUGCGACUGAUGCUGCGGGACAUGGUCUGUCCGGAUAUGAAUGCUGUGCUGCACCGCUAUGAGACUUCAAUGAUUGUCCAGUACAUAGUGGAAGAUGUGAUCUUUGGUAGAGUCUGGAAGGAGCUCGAACCGUAUGAUAUAUCCAGCACUCUGACAAGCGAUCUUAUUGAUCGCCUCAUCGACAACGAUUUGUAUUUGUUCUCCUCAGAAAGUGAAAGCGAAUCACCUCAGGAAACUUCCUGGUACGAAGCCCAUGCCAUAAUACGCAAACUUAUUCGACAAUCGGUUCCCGGCAGACGUUGGAAAGAGGAGAUCGAGCGUAUCGUCUACGAGAAUUAUAAUGACCUGCUAGAUGAAAUCUUUGCGGAAAUGAUUUACAAAAGGGACAAUCCAGCACCCAUCGAACCUGUUAUAGUGCACAUAUCGAUUUCGUAUGACAACCUUUUACAUGACGAUGAAACAAAGUUAAAGAAGCGUAAAUUGUCCCAACUGUCGGAAAAUCAAUCUGAUAUGAGUUACGAAUCUCAUUUAGAGAAAAACCAACUUUUAUCACUAAUAAAAAAAAAAAAAGAUAGGAAGCAGUUAGUUUCCCCCGUUGUCAAGUGUAGCGAUACUAAGACGAUGUCACCCGACUCGGAAGAAAACCCUUGGCCUUGGCUUCCAGAUUGUGUUACACCCCCAUCGCAAAAACAUUCUGAUACUGACAUCGAGAAUCAGUUGGAAUCCUAACUUAAAAAGACAUAAAAAGCCAUCCCAAAAUUGUAAUGGAUAGGGAUAAAUGACUUCAGUAAUAUUUUUAUUUAUGUAUAUUUUCAAUAAAGAUUGUUGCUAGCGUGUAACAUAAAUAGGAGGG